AUGGCAAAUCCUUCAAAUUCGAUCGCUAGAGUUACUCAAGAAAAUGAUGGUGUCCAUUCAUCGCCAGCUGAAUUUGUUGAUACACCAUCGAGUAAACCAUACAAAGCUCUGCAAACGUUACAAAAUGCUCAAAUCGGCGUUCGAUUGUCGAAUCGACUAUUGAUACAAGCUGUUGAUGAAUACCUUAGAUAUCUACAGAAUGAAAAAAAAGAACAGUAUGUAAAAAGCAAUGAAUUUUCCAACGGAAUCGACGAAUUAAAAACAAGAUGUACUCCGCUAUCGUUGACGACAGAAACUUCACUCGGACAAACAGUAGAAGAUAUGGUAACGUUUGAAUUCGUUGAAAAAGUUCGCAAAUCGUUUACUGAAGCUGACACGGACAAUACCGGUUACUUAGACGUGAGUGAAUUCACGGCAUUCAUGCGGCAAACAUAUUCAGACAUGACUGAUCGUGAAGCACAAAUCAUCUUUAUGAAAUUCCAAUUCUUUCCAGGACUUUCACGAGCUGGUGUUGCUCUGGAUGAAAUUGAUUAUACAUACGGACGAUGCAUAUCGAUAACGCGAAAUGGUCUUGUUUCACAUUGGUCGACUUCGCUAAAACUUAUCCGAGAGUCGACUAUCCAAUCAAAUCAGCAAAAGAAACAAACUUUACCAUUAUGGAUCACCUGUAUGUGUGUCCUACCGGAUAUGAAUUAUUUUGUUAUUGCAACAACAGAGCGCAAUGUGAUCUUUUAUGACGUCAAUUCGCAUCUAUAUACUGGUUCAAUUAUGAUCAAUUAUUUUCCAGCGAGUUUAACAACGAUAUCCUACCGGAUGAAUAUCAAAGACAGUUUUCAAUCAGCACUAUUUUGUGGAGAUUCAUUAGGGAACUUAUUUGUUUUCCAAGCGAAAGAUCAGCAUAAACCAAUGUUUCAUAUAUCCGAUCGAACGUAUCAGAUGCAAACAGGAUCGAUGAGAUACUUUUCAUUUCCGCGUGUGGUUAAUAACGAAUAUCUAACUGUGUCAGUGAUAAACUUUUGUAAUCUACAUUAUGAUUGGAUUGUUCAAGUGAAAUGGAUUUCCGAUUUGGAUUUAUUUGUGUCAUGUGCAUUGACAUCGAGAAGAAGUUUAUACAUUGGAGAUUUACAUAAGAAAACGGAGAAAUACGCAAUGGCAAAGAAAGGAUUUGGGGCGUUCGAUUAUUGCACGGGAUAUCGGUCGAUCGUCACAGGUGGUAACGAUGGUGUUAUUCGUUUUUGGGAUCCAUUCGUGACAGAGAGAGCAGCUGCAAUCUUACGUGGGCAUUAUUCUUCGAUUACACACCUAGUUGUUGACAAUCAGGAUGCACACGUUAUCAGUAUCGAUAAGGGAAAAAACAUCAUCGUUUGGGAUAUUCAAACAUUGAGAAUGAUUCAACGUAUAUCUCACACAAACCUCGAGCUACCAAGUCAAGAUUUAACUGUGUGUUAUCUGAAUCCUACUCAGCAAAAUUUAAUCAUCGGCAACAAAAAACUCCUAUCACUAUCACAUACGAACGAGUCCUACGCUCACAAUGAACGAACAUCACAUCUAUAUGCAAUCACACAAGUCCUAUACAAUUCGUUAUUUGAUGUACUUAUUUCCGCAGACGAACAUUCAACUAUAAAUAUAUGGAAUGUUGUUACCGGUGAAAAGAUUAUGCAUAUUUUAAAUGCACAUGUGACACAAUACGAUGAGUACAAUGAGCAUGCAAUCGAAAUAACAGCAAUGUGUUUCGAUGAAGCAAAACGUCGUCUGAUCACAGGUGCGCAUGAUGGUUCGCUGGCAUUAUGGAACUUUAACAAUGGUCACAAUCUUUACCGAAUUAAUUCGAAUGGUGUUCAUGCAAAAGAAAUUACAGCCUUAUUACAUGAAAAUGAAAGAUUAUUUGUAGCAGGAUGGUCAAAACGUAUACGAGUUUUUCACCUAGGAAAAUCUGUUGUUAUUCGACAAGUGGAUGAGUUUCGUUCAUUACAUACCGAUGAUAUUCUAUCGAUGAGUAUAGUCAUGAACAUUCUUGCUACGGGUAAUAACUGUAUUUUCAUUUACCGAUUGUCUUUAUUCAAACAUGCAGCUAGUUAUGAUGGUGAUAUUAUACUUUGGACAAUUGAAACAGGAAUGCCCUUUAUGAGGCUGAAUGCUUCGGAAGAUGUCAAACCAAAACUGAUAUCACUUUCUUGGUUGUACAAACAGACGACAAAGGGAGCGAUUCAAGCAGUGUUUCCGAAGUAUUUCUCACGUCAACGAACUCGACGGUUAAAGAGACGUCACGCCGAUAAUACUGAACGAAUUCGUCAGUCAUUGCUCACCCGUCUUCGAUCCAACUAUGAGACAUCAAUUGAAAAUUUCUUGAAACCGAAUCUCAACCUUCAAUCACAGUCAUCAACGAUCUCGUCAGAUUAUCAUCUAGAUCAGUUACUUUUUCUUCAUACACGAGAGAUCAGCCCAUUGACUGCAACUCUCAUAACAACAGGUAGUAUGGGUUGGGUUUGGUGGUGGUCUAUUCAUGUGAUUGGAAGCUUAAUUGCUGUAUUCAAUGGUGCAAGGAGACCUCAAGAACACGUUCUAGCCGUAUGUUUGGACGAGAAAUGUAAUAUUUUAUUCACAUGUGACACAGCUGGAUAUGUUGCACUUUGGUUUAUUGGUGAUUAUGCUUGUAAACCAUUGGAUUCCAAAGAAAAACAAUCGAAGCUAUUGGAAGAUAAAAGUCGGAUAUUAACAAAAUUCUCCUCGAGCAAACAUCCCACCACUAUAGAUAUCCAAGAGAUGAAAAAUCAAUCCGAACAAAAACUACGUGAUCAUAUGGGAACACCACGAAUAGCAGCACUCAAUCAAGAUAGCGCUAGUUUUUUAAUGAGCACUGUCGUUUAUCCUCAACUAUUGACCGCCUAUCGCGCACACCUUCGACCUAUUACAUCGAUCUGUUAUGCCAAUGACCGUGAAAUUGUCAUCACUAGUUCGAUUGAUUGUACGAUACGAUUGUUUACUCUCACCGGUAGAUAUAUUGGCUUUAUGGGUCAAUCAGUAUCUUGGGGACCGCUGAGUUCGACAAUUAGUUUGAAAGAUUUACCGAAACGACUACCGGAAGACAUACGUCGAAAAGGCUCGGCGGCAACACUCGAAACUCUUCGUGGGGAUAUUGGAAAACGAUGGAAACUCUUAAAACAUACAGUUGUAGCAUGGACUUCAUUGCCCAUAUUUCAAUAUUUUUAUCACAAUAACCGACCUGAAAUUCACCAGUUAACGAAUCCAAGUCAAGAAGUACCAAAUCCAUCCAAUGAAUUCGCAGAUUCUGUCAAACUGUCAGCACAAAAACAAGAAACGACCGUCACGAAAGAAUGGACGCGGCGUCGCGAACGUAUACAUCGACUUAUUGGCUUAGAUCGUUUGGAUGCUGUUCAAAUAACUAAGAAACCCUCGAUUGAAUCAAUGUUAAAACUACAACGCGAUAAUUUUGGUGUGACAAUGCCUGUUCUAGGCCAAUUCACACGAAACUAUAUGCAUCAUCGACCGAGGUCCGACUUCGAACGCGUUAAAAUUUAUGGCGGAAAAGCAAUUAUUUAUUCUCUUUUACCACUAGCAGUGUCAUCCGAUGUUCUUCCAGAAAUGGCAUUAGGUGUCAAUGACACUCAAAACAAGCUAUCAACAGAAUAUUUCGAUAUAGAUAUACGUCAAUUAGAAGAAAAGAAAGAAGGAGAGAAAAGUUUAAUGGAUGAUCUAAACGAUAAACUAUUUCGACUGAAGAAAAAACAAAUCUGUUCAUCACAAAAAAACAAUCUCUUAUAA